AAAAUAUACCAAAUCCAAUUUCUUUUCCUUUUAUUUCCUGCGAGUUUGUUCAAUCCUUUGAUCACGACUAUCCUCUUUGGCUUGAAAUUGAUGCAAACAGGGAAAAUUCUGUUGGAUGGUGUUGAACUAAAGACGUGCACUUGAAGUUUUUGCGUGGACAAAUCGGGCUUGUGAAUUAAGAACCUGCGCUUUUUGCCACAACCAGAUGCAACAAUGGUCGAAGUUGGAGCUGCUGCUUAUGCUGCCAAGGCCCAUAGCUUUCAUUGUAUACUAUUUUUGUUCUCUUAUUGUAUAUGUUUCACGUCAUUCCCUGCCUUGAGUUUACAUCUCAUCUUUCUAGUAUAUGUGUUCUUUCAGAUGUUAUGAAUGUUAGAUAUAUAUACGGAACAUUCCUCACUAAUGUCUAUCCCUUUUUCUUUAAUUUCGGCUAAGGUGAAGCUUAGAGAUAAAUGAAUAUGUCAUAUAGAAUCUCGG